CUAAUGAAUUAAUUCAACAAUUAACUGCAGAAUGUGGAGGAGGACAUGUUCAAUUUAAUAACGAAAUAGAGGAAUGGUGCUCUGUAAUAUCAGAACGACUGGAGAAGAUACUUGGAGAAAACCAUGGAGAAUUUCUUACAUGUGAAAUAUUUUACGAUGCAGAAGAAACACUGCACUGCUGGAUGAAGAUCAGAGCAGAUCUUUAGCUUCACUCAGAAUGAAGAAGGAAGAUUCUGAUGGUGUAAGUGUCACCAGAGAAGAGAAGCUGAACUUGGUGUUGUGUGGAAGUGAUGAAAACCUGAAGAAAUCCUUAUUAAAACUAAUAGAAGAGAAGAGGAGAGAUGUGGAUCUUCAUGAUCGUCAGAUCAGUGUGAUAGAGCUUCCAGCUCUGACUGGUCUCUCAAUAGAGGAAGUGAUGUGUCAGUCUCUCCGCUGUGUGUCUCUCGGUCAUCCUGGAGUUCAUGUUUUCAUCCUCAUUAUUCCUGACGCUCCUCUCAAUAAUGAAGACAGAGCAGAAACAGAGAAGAUCCAGAAGAUCUUCAGCUCCAGAAUCAACAAACACAUCCUGAUCCUCAUAAAGCAGAGCUCAGAGCGUCAGACAGAAGAACUCAGUGAAGAAACACAGUCUGUCAUUCAGAGGUUCGGAGGAAGACAUCAGCUCUUUGGUCCCAAAACACAGGUGUCCACAUUGAUGGAGAACAUUGAGCAGAUGCUGGAAGAAAACAGAGGAGAGUGUUUCUCCACAGAGAUGUUUCUGGAGACACAGAUGAAGAAACUGAUGAAAUAUGAAGAGAUGAAGAAGAAAACUGACUCAUUAGAGACACAUUUACUCUAUCAGGUAUGA